CGCCGUUGAUCCCGUGCUGAUUUCUGUUGAAUUCUUUAAUUUUCGCUAUAUCUGUGAUAUUUUAACACAACACAACUAGAUAGGUUCGAUAUUUCAAAGACUAAAUUACUUUACUAUUGAAAUAGAAGUUAAAAUCGAUCCUUUAUUCUAGCAGGGGUCGUUUAACUAAUUCCUGGAGCAAGACCCGGAAGUUGAUCACCAUAAUAACACCGUGGACACAUCCUCGUUAGUGACAUCACCACUUUUGCGCAGUAUACUGUUGUUGUUUUUUCAUUCGUAAAAAUGCCUCCAAAAUUCAAGAAGCAUCUCGACGAAGAAGACGUUUACGGAUCAAGAACUACAGAGAGAGACAAUUUAUUAGGGGAUUACCAUGACGAUCCAGAAGAAGAUUAUAAUCCUUUCUACAGUUCCGGAGGAAAUGGUAGUAUAACCAAAGUACAAGGCCAGGUGGAUGAAGUGGUUAACAUUAUGCAUGAUAAUAUUAACAAAGUUAUUGAUAGGGGAGACAAACUGGAUGACUUACAUGACAAGUCCGAGGAAUUAGCAAUCAAUGCAACUCAUUUCAAAGUGACCGCCAAGGGUUUGAAGAAGGCCAUGUGCUGGCAAGCAUGCAAGAUGAGGCUGAUAUUGUUCCUGGUCAUUCUUGUUUUACUGUUGGUUAUAAUUGUACCUAUCAUCAUAAAAUAUAUGAAGUAACGAAUCCAUUUAAAUCCACUAACGGCAAUACUCGCGUGUCAUACAAGACUCUCUAUUUGGGGAAACAUUACAGAAGAAGGCUGUGGCUAUCUAUUUUUCUACGCUGAAAUACUGGUUUUAUGAAAUAGUUGUUACUGUUUGUCAUGAGUACAUACAUUAUGCACUCACCUGUCAGCCAUGAUGUAAGUUAAUUUGUACCUCACGACGUGCACCAGGCAUCAACUGCUGAACCAUCAUGGCCGACAGUGCUGUAAGGGGCUUUUAAGUUAUUUAUGUUACACACUGUUGACAAUUUCCAAAAAGAUCUUCUCUUGAG